AUGUCUCGUGGACUGCGUCAAUAUGAGCGUGGUAUUAAGGCCAAACGGCCUCAGUACAACAAGAAUCAGCCGUCCUCUUCUAGACUGGCCUUCCUUGAAAUUCACAUCUGCCCUGUGACUCAGGGACACUCAUGGCAAUGUGGUCGAGUGGUUACCAUCUUAACCUCCCAUUUUGCACUUUCACGGUUCGACUCCCGCUGGGAGUGUUGA